AUGUUACCUAGAGAAUAUAUAAUGAAUAUAAAUGGAUAUGGUAAAAGAUUAUUAAAAGAAUAUGAAUGGAAACAAUUUGGUAUACAAAUAUCUAAUGAAUGGAUACAUAUUGGUUAUUCACCAUAUGAAUUACAUAUUCUCAUCUUUCAAAAAAUUAAUUAA